UUGUAGAACAUCCGGUACUGAAGCGUUUGAUAGAAGCAAGAGAACUGGAUGUGCUGUACUUGGACAAUACAUUCUCAGCACCCUUUUGCAAAUUCCCAUCCAGGGAGGAAGCCAAAAAGCAGCUCUUUGAUAUUAUUGAGGUGUAACCUGCAAAGCUCAAGGGUUGCAAGGCUCGUCUGAUAUGUUUGAUUUCUGUCAUGGAAAAGUAGCCUACCUUUCCAAACCAACAGCAGGGAAUGUGAAUAUUAGAAAUUCCUAUCCAGAUCACACAAUUAAGAUCAGUGUCCGAGAACUUGGCAGGGAAGACCUGUUGGAGGCAGUUGCAAGGAGGUUUCAAGAGAGAAUUCUUGUUAAUCAGGACAAAUUUAAGGUGUUGGAGUUACUGCAGUAUUCAGAUGCUUUUACCAAUGACCCUUCACAAGCAAGGAUUCAUGCAGUCCCAAUGUCACAGAUCCAAGUUAGAACACAUGAAAGAUGGAAUGAGGAGAGCCCAACCAUCAGUAUAGUGUUGACAGCUUUGUUUGUUGGAUGGCCUCAUGGACCAUACAGUAGCCAAGCAAACAAAGGAAUCUUCAAAGUAAUGUACAGUGAUCAUUCAUCCUAUGAUGAACUGAUGCAAAUGGUUGGAUGUCUCAGACCAAGACGCAUAAUUCCCAUUGUACAGCAGUGGUCAAAGGUUGGAUGGUGGGCUGAUCCUAAUGCUCCUGACCAGUCAGCCAAGUUUGACAUGUCUGUAUAUGAUCACUUGCUUACUUAUCCACCUCCAGAUCCUAUUCUGAUUCCUGAGGCCAUUACUCGGAUGAUGUCACAGGGUGGGCCUUUGAUGGUAUCUCAUCAGCCUCGCCGCUGUUCCCUGCGCCAUGGCCUGGCACCCAGGCCCAGACGUGCUUUGGGAGUUCGAGGGGUAGUAUUCACUUCCCCAGAACGAGUUGCAGAAUCUCCAGUACCCAGUGGUAGCAUGACUCUUGACGUUAGUUUCCGUACAGAUACAUCUUGUUCUAUCAUGCAUCCUAAACUAUAUUUCCCUAGUACUGAACAAGAAAGUAAUUCUAUGGCAACUCAAACACCUAGAAAAAUAUUAAAAUCAAGAAGAUUAUCUUCCUCUGACGAUAAAGAUAACAAUGUCACAAUAUCAGACCUAAGGUUACGAAUUAUAUCACGUACUAAAGCAUUGGCUGUCUCACAUUUUAUUAGCCUAGACUCUGAGGAUGCUACUGGCAAUGGCAAAUCUAGCUCUGAGGUACUCAAAAAGGCCAAAGCUAUUUGUCAGUCUCUCUCAUAUGUUGAUGCCCUUUUCUGAGCAGAAUAACAAAAUUCGAUCUAUUAAUUUUAAUUAGCAAUAAAUUAUAAUACACAUGAAUCUGAAAGGACCUCGGAAUAGUACAAAUACUAGUCAUAUUUGUGGAUACGAAUCAGUGAGUACUGUUAUUUUUCAGUAAAAUUGAACUUUGUAGUUCAUAAAUAUGGUUAACAAUAAAACAAUGAUAACUGAA